GAGGCGGAGCCGGGGGCGAGGCCGCGGACCCUCGAGGCUGCGCGGAGGGUUGACGCGGACUCCUGGCGCCGUCAGAGGCUGUGGACAUUCAUGAUGACAAGCAGAGGGGUGCGCGUCCUGCUCAGGUUCCUGUUCCUCCUGGCUGUCUUCUACAAUUCAGAUUCCAGUCUGAUGUGUUACGACUGUCUCAUCCCAACUCCCAUCUGUUCUAUGGUCGCCAACUGUACACCUAACCACGAUGCGUGUCUCACUGCCGUAAGCGGGCCGCGAGUGUACCGCAGGUGUUGGCGGUUUGAAGAUUGCAAUUUUGAGUUCAUUUCCAACCGAUUAGACGAGAACUCGUUAAAGUACAACUGCUGCCGCAAGGACCUGUGUAACGGCCCCGAGGACGACGGGACGGCCUUAACCGGGAGGACGGUGCUGCUGGCGGCCCCGCUUCUGGCAGCCGCCAGGAACCUCUGUCUCUGACCGACACCAGGAGGGCCUCCUCUGGACUCCCCCGCUGUAGAGCCCCCCGUCCUUGCUGCUGUACGCCAGAAGCUUUAACUUCCCCGCCUGGCGCCCGCUGGGCAAGAAUAAAAUGAACUCGAGCACCUUAGAGAAAAGAGAGGGAGCCCGAGAGGGCCCGGGGAGUGUUCCUGGGUGCAGGCCGCGUGGGGGAGGCAGCGGAAGAGCAAAGCGGAUGCUGCUUGGGCUGGGUUGUGUGCUUCUGCUGCGCGCUGUGGAAGCCUGGUCUUGUGGCAACAGCUUGAGUGGGUUCUCUGCAGCCCUCAGGGGUUUCCCCUCUGGUGCCCUGGAUGAGGUUAGAUGCGUGACCAGGACUUUUCGUGGGGCAGGCCAGGAGGAUUCUUUUCUGUUUCAUUAUUUUUUUAAAAAUAAAGAUUGUGUUAUUUAUUUGAGAGGCAGAGUUACAGAGAGAGAGAGAGAGAGAGAGGAGGGAGAGAGGGAGAGAGAGGGGGAGAGAGAGAGGCCUUCCAUCUGCUGGUUCAUUUCCCAAAUGGCCACAAUGGCUGGAGCUGAGCCGAUCUGAAGCCAGGAGCUAGGAACUUCUUCCAGGUCUCCCAUGUGGGUGCCACCUUCUACUGCUUUCCCAGGCCAUAGCAGAGAGCUGUAUCGGAAGAGGAGGUGCUGGGACACAAACCGAGCCCAUUUGGGAUGCCGGUGAACCCACUACGCCACAGCGCCAGCCCCUGCAAUGAGGUUCUUAAUGCGGGGUAAUUGGAAUGACCGUUCUCAACCAGGAGACAUCUGGCAGGGAGCGGGUAGGCUGUCCGGAUGGCAGUGUGUGGAAACCCAAGGUUGUCUUUAGAGAUGUGCCAGUGACUGAAAUUUGAGUUUUCCUUUAUCUCUACAUUUUGAGUGGACUUCGCUGUCUUUCACUAGAAAAACAUAGAGCAUGUAAUGAAUGGUGUGUUAAAUCUGUUUCCCCCUCCUUUUUAAAUUGGAACAGUGGGCUAUCUUGGCUUUGCACGCACACUGUUAAGGAGUGAGCAGUCUACUGUGGGCAUACUUGUGUUUUAAAUGUCCCUGGUAGGAAGACCUCUCCGUGUGUGUAUGUGGAAUGAGUGCAGUGGGAACAGCCUUUGGGGCUGCAAUUUGAGACUUCCUAUUAAUAGCAACAAAUCUGCGGGCACGUGUUUUACCGGCCUCCCUUCAGCCCAGUGACUGCUGGCUGGCUCAGCACGGAUUGUCAGCAUGCUUUAGCACACGCUGAAGCUGUCAGGAAGGUGUAGGUGCCUGCCUAUGGGUGCUGUAAAUCAAAGUCAUUAUCGCGCUCCAGGAAAUAUUGAUGAUCUUUGUACUCCUAGGAUCUUGGCCGCAUCUAACAACACAGCUUCAUCUUUGCAGAUAAAGGAAUUUCUUGAUUAGCUUUUUCAAAUGUAUUCUUUGAAGAUACCUGAAUGCAAAUAAAUGACACCUUUCUGAAAAUAAAGUGAAUC